AUGUACUUGACUAAUUGCACUCGGCCGGACAUUGCUUGUGCCGUGAACAAGUUGAGUCGUUACACGAGUAAUACAAGCAAAGAGCAUUGGAGAACUCUUGUAAGGGUUUUGAGAUAUCUAAAGUAUACUCAAAAUCAUGGGCUACAUUUUUCGAGAUACCCCCCUGUACUUGAAGGGUACUGUGAUGCGAAUUGGAUAUCCGACAAUAAAGACUCACUUUCAACAAGUGGAUACGUCUAUACUAUUGGGGAUGGUGUUGUCUCGUGGAAAUCCACGAAACAGACAUGUAUAGCCCGUUCAACCAUGAAAUCCGAGUUCAUAGCUUUAGAUAAAGUUGGGGAAGAAGCCGAAUGGCUUAAGAACUUCCUUGAGGAUAUUCCAGGUUGGUGUAAGUCAGUGCCUCCAGUGUUGAUUCACUGUGAUAGCCAAGCUGCUAUCGAGAGGGCAAAUAAUGGCUUUCUAUAA